CGGCCCCUGCGGGGAAGCGCGCGCCGCGCCCUGCGGCAUCCCCAGCGCGUGUCGGCGGCGGGUUCCCAGCCGCCCGGGUGACACACAGCAGCGUGUCGUUCGUGUCGGAGGAGGGCAGCCCGCCCGCUGCUGGCGUGAAGGGCGGCCCUGCUUCUCCGCUGCCAGCUUAAUUAGCCCUGCUGAUAAAGCAAGGCCUCAAAAAAUUAGGAUAAGACUCAGAUUGUUCCUCUCCACGGAAAUCUUUAUAAAGAUGUCAGAAAAUGAGCAGUGUGGGACGUCCCGGCGGGAGCAGAAGCCUGCAUCUGUGUGGACAGCAAGGCUGCCGGGGGCAGUCGGGGCUGAGGACAGCAGGGCUGUCCAGCGGGUGCCGUCACCUAGAGUGACAGCGGAAGGAGUGCUGAAAGCUAUCAGGGCGGGUGUCAAUCCGGAAGGAAUGGGGAGGGGCGGCCGGGAGUCCACAGGUGGCAGCUGA